AUGGCGACUAUUUUAUCUCUUCCUCCCGAACUUCUCACUUAUUUACUAUCUUUUUUACCCGGUGUCGAUCUACCCAGGGCUGCGUCGGUGUGCAAACAAUUUAACGAAUCUGUCGCAGUUGAUUUGGUCUGGCAAAAGCGGUGCAACGUAGAAUAUGGUGUAGACAAACUUGAAGGAUGGAGAAAGCCAACAUUUCGAGAUAUGUAUGCAAAAAUUCUUCAUCCCUAUGGGUAUUUAUUGGGUUUAUGGCAGCCUGAGAUUGGACCAUAUGGUGGAUUGGUUUACAUAGAGGUUGUUUAUGGCAGUAUAUUAGCUACACUUUAUCAACCACCAUGUGAUCCUAAUGUCACCGCACCUCUUCGAAAGAAAGCAUGUUUUUCUAUUACAUUAACAGAAGAUGGCAGAACUGAAUUAAGGUGUUUGAAAGGUCCCAAAGGUCCCCAUAAAUGUGUCAUCACAAGUGUAAGUAUCACAGCAUUACAUUUUCAUUCAUAUGAACUUCAAGCUUGGUUAGAAGAAGAGCUUGGAAAUUCAGAAGAAUUUUUACAUGAUCACAUCCAAGAGUUAUUACUUAUGAAAUUUAUGAUUAAAAGUCAGUAUGAAACAGUUUGUUUGUAUAAAAGAAUUCAUUUACCAGAACCUAUGCACAAUGUUCCUAUACAGCCAGGAUUGUUUAAAGGUACAUAUGGCAGUCAUGGUGUUGAAGUUGUUAAUCUCACCUACCAAGAUAUGCAAAUACUUGGCACUAAGGUCACUGGUGAUCCUAAUGUACCAGCGUGUCAGCUGAGUAUAGAGGCAGAUCUGAGCGAACCUUUGAGGCUUUCACUAGAACAACAGCAAACAUUAGCCAUAUUAGAACUUGUCGACAAAGAAGAUGUGAUUGUAAGAGAUCAGGGUCUAGGUGAAGAACAACCAUUCAAACUACCACAUGGUGUGUCUGAUAGGGGUAUGAAUCAUAUACAAGACCGUAUACAUAAAACUAUUACUACCUGCAGAGCUCGGUAUUUUGGUACUGGACUAAUAGCAAGUCAUGGAUUCAUGAAUUCUUCUAGGACACCAGGUCAUCUCAUUGUUUUUAGCGAGGAUGUGUUUGGAUUUCUCUGGCUUGAACUGCGAUCACUGAGCAUUUACAGUCGAGUGCAUGAGAAAUUUGUGUAAAAUAUAUGCAAAGUUUUAUGGAUGCUGAGAAACUUUAACACACAGAAAUUUUAACAUACAGCAAUGGUCUAAUGCUGUCAAUAAUGUGUUCACAAGAUGCCCUCUAAAAUGACUGUGCCUUGAUUGACUGGUCAGAAAUAAGUAUUGUAUCACACAAAUGACGAACUCUGCUCAAACUUACCCACUUACUAAUCCAUAAUGUAGAUAUAAACGGUUUACAGCAUCUACAAUUGUUGAACAUGUAUAUAAUAAAUAAUAUAUAUAAUUUCACAUCUGAAAA